AUGGCUGAUGAGAAAAAAGGACAGCAAACGUCCAAGAAGGGCGCGAAGAAAAUCAUCAAGAAGACGCCAGCGAAGGGUGGCAGAAAGAGGAAGCGGUCCAGGAAAGAAAGUUACUCCAUUUACAUCUACAAAGUGAUGAAGCAGGUUCACCCCGACACCGGCAUCUCCUCCAAGGCCAUGAGCAUCAUGAACUCGUUCGUCAACGAUAUUUUCGAGCGCAUCGCGGGGGAGGCUUCCCGCCUGGCCCAUUACAACAAGCGCAGCACCAUCAGCUCCCGGGAGAUCCAGACCGCCGUGCGGCUGCUGCUGCCCGGGGAGCUGGCCAAGCACGCCGUGUCGGAGGGCACAAAGGCGGUGACCAAGUACACCAGCUCCAAGUGAAGAACUGCAUUACACUGAAACAGACACAGACAACCCAAAGGCUCUUAUAAGAGCCACCUACAACUUCCCAGUGAGCUGGACCAUCUUUUAAAGAACUGUUUUAGUUUGCAUAUAGAUUCUUGAUAAGAUAUUUUAACUUUUCGAGUUGCUUAACAAUUUGAUGAGGGGUGGCGGAGAUGAAAAUACAUCACAAACAGGUCCUUCCCCUGGCAGUAGAGAGAUAGUAGAUUAAGCAUCGGUCAGUCAUUUUUAGAAGUGCGUUGUAAAUUGACGAUGUAGGGGGGAGCGACUUCAUAAACUCCAGAGAGAGCUGAUGAAACAAUAUGGGGUCAUUUUUCACCUUGUUCAAGUUGCGAAAGGCCUUGGUGGAAUGUUAGCAAUUAUUUUAAUCCUGGCAAACCAAACGGAAGUGCCCCCAGCUUAUUGAUGUAUUUUACCCUUAAAAAAACAUUGAAAAAGCGGAUUAAAUCCACGCAUUGUCAGAAUACAAAAGGCAAAGCAAUUUCUGCUGUCGAUAAGAGGCGUCCAUAGUGAACCGAGAGCACACCAAAACAGUUGCCGGACUGAAAUGUGAAAUGCUGAGAUUUUUGCUGAAUCUGAUAAGGGAGGACAACUUUAAAAGAUCGUCUA